UGGACUUGGCCGAGCCGGUCAGAUGACUCAGCACUGACUCAGCUCCACGUGACCAAAGCCUCACCACCGGCGCCUCCUCGUGUUCCAUCAACCAACCUCGCCGUCGCCAACAUCAUUCAACUCUUUGUCGACGAUCUCACAACGUCAAUUGCUCCGCCAUCCCCUGGACAGAUUCUGUGCUCUGUUCGACACCUUGGGGAUUGAUCUUUCUAGGCUUCUUCUCCAACUUUCGCCCCUUCGGUCUCCGGGUCUACGAGGUUCGUCCCCCGGUGUAUAACUUUACGAGGCCUAGUUUUAUGCGCCAUCGCCCACCAUACUCCCCACGAUAGAAUUCCUUAACCCUUAAUACCAGUUCGGAGCCAGCAACUUCCAUACUAAGCCAGUGUUGCAUGACAACGCUUGGUAGAAGUGUACGUGUCUGCGUUCCUGAUGGAGUCAUACGAUUCUUUCGGCUCCCCCACGGCCACCUCGGCUAAAGGUGAUGCGAGGUGGAGCCGCGAAGAGGACGCUUUUGCUUCUUCAAGGCCAGCCAUGGAUUCAUAUCGACGAAGGUCGCCUGCCUCCCAAGACCGUCGUCGAGCCGCUGGACGUGGCCGAUCUCGAUCUCCUGUCGCAAUUGAUCGGUAUCAACCUGGCGAUCGAGAACGUGCGCCUCGUGGCGAUGAAUAUUAUGCCGCGUCUCGUGACCUUGCAGCCCGUGAUCGAGAAGAGCGCCGUCGUUUACCAUCCCCUGUAGCGGCAAACAUUGACCGAUAUGUUCCAGGGCAAGAUUCUGCGAAGCCCGUUUUACGAACCAACCCUCUGCCCAACCCGUUAACCCUCGACUUCCAAGUAGGGUUCAACUGGUUCGCAGAAUGGUGGAGGGCAGACCAGGCAAUAAAAGAAGAAAAAGAGCGGGCUAAACUCGGUGGAAGACGACCCACUGAUCGAGUCAAGGGUGAACGAGAGGCCCGGGAAGACCGCGAAAAGGAACGCGCACAGAUCCAAACGGCUUAUGACGCCUACAAGGCUGAACUGCAAAUCAAGAUGGCUCGAAAUUUUGUCCAACAACACAAAACGGAGGAGUGGUUCAAGGAAAGAUAUGUUCCCGAAACUAGGGACCCUCUUCGCCAGCGAUUGAUGGAGUUCAGAACUGGUGCGUAUCGACAGUGGGAACAAGAUGUCGACGCUGGAGUAUUUGACGAGUUUACCCUGGAAGGUAUCUACAAAAGUGAAAGCGACGGAGCAGGUGGUAUCAUUGAAAAGGAGGAAGGAGAAGCGACGGCCGUGGGAGAAACCCUAAGUGUGCUCGAUCUGGUUCCCGCACGCGGAGGAGAUUUACGCGACGAUUCGCAAUUUCAACCUGCUCUUUUGAUCAAAACUUUAGCGCCCAAUGUAAGCCGUGACAAAAUUGAAGAUUUCUGCAAAGAACACCUUGGUGAAGGAGAUGGCGGGUUCAAGUGGCUUAGCUUGAGUGACCCUAACCCUGCCAAAAAGUGUCACCGGAUGGGUUGGAUUAUGCUUCAUCCAGCAGCUGAAGGUCCAUCGGUUAUCGAGAGAGGCGAUGGUAGGGAUGAAGAAGGUGAGGAAGUGGAUGGCAGUGCGGCAAAUGGAUCCAACAACACGUCUGCUGCUGAAAAGGCUCUGGAUGCGGUUAACGAAAAAACCAUCCAUGAUCCUAUUCGCGGCGACUUUGUAUGUCACGUUGGCGUCCACGUUCCCCCGACGAAUCCGAGAAAAAAAGCACUUUGGGAUCUGUUCUCCGCCCCUGAACGUAUCGAGAGGGAUCUCGAGCUGGCUAAACGGAUGGUAUCUAAACUUGAUUCAGAGCUUGGGUCAGCUGACGGCCUAUCGAAGAUUGAGAGUCGAGUCGAAGAACUACGUGGAAAAGGGUUACUCCGCCCUCCUGUUACCGGCACCGCAAAGGAAAAGAAAAGCAAGCCGUUCGAGUCAGACGUUGACAUGAUCCUCUUGGAAGAUGGGGAGGCCGAGGAAGGAGAAGAACAAGAAGAGUCCUACGAUGAGGAAGUCGAUAGUGAAGACCUGCUCAUUAAAAAGAAGCAGCUGGAUUUGCUAGUUGAAUAUCUGCGUCGCGUUUAUAACUUCUGCUUUUUCUGCGUUUUUGAGAGCGAUUCGAUUCACGAGCUUGUUCGUAAAUGCCCUGGUGGCCAUCUUCGCCGCCCUCGCUCCGGACUGAGUACCCAAGCAAAAGCCGCGGCAAAGGCCAGCGCUCUCGGUCAGCCGUUCCCUACGAAGAAAAAAGAAACUACCGAAGAAGAACAGAACGGAGCGUCUCCAGUAGAAGAGAAAAAACCAUCACACUUUUCAUCGAAGACUGAACAGCAGACUCAGCGUGCUUUCAACUGGGUGCGGACGUUUGAGGAAAAGCUCCUACAGAUAUUGGAGCCCGAGAAUGUGGACUUGAAAAAACUUGGAGGAAAACCCGUGGAUGAGGCAGUGGAAGAAGAGCUCUCGAAAUUUGUCAAGCAAGAAGAUGAAGCUAAAUUCCGCUGCAAGGUACCAGAGUGUACCAAAUUAUUUAAGGCCCACCACUUCUGGAGAAAGCAUGUGGAAAAACGCCACCCGGAUUGGUAUGGCGAUAUCCGCAGAGAUCUACUCCUGGUCAAUGCCUAUGUCCUCGACCCAGCGCAUAUCUCCCCAUCAAGAUCCGAUGCUACCAGCAACGGCCAUUUCACAUACCCAUCCGGCCAUAUGGCCACCGGAACACCUCGUGGAUUCAAUCUUGCAAACAUGCCAUUUGGUUUCGGAGCAGGGAAUGGCCCAAUGCCUGGCGGACAUCCUUUCUCGGGCCUACCGCCAUCCGCAGCAGGAUUUACCGGUUUCAUGAAUGCAGCCGGCCCAGGCUGGACUGGCAAUGGACUCCCAAUGACAGGCACUGCAUCUGGAGACCCAUCAGGUUUGCAUAACCCAGGAGUUAUUCGACGGGGUAACCGCUACGGCGUCAAUAGAAUGGGCCCAUAUGACCGGCGGGGCGGUCGUUUCGGUUCGGGAGGCGCAGGCGGAAGUAUGGGCGGCAACGGUCGACUCAGCCCCCUUCGAAUGGGCGGCAUGUCUGCGGCUGGUGGUCGCCUACCUUCAGCCUCCGGGGCGGCGUACAUCCCACCCGGCCACCCAGCCGCAAUCGCCGCUGGAGUUGGUGGUGGGUUUGGUCCCGGGAGCGGUCGGUGGGGUGAUGGCGCAGGCGGGAGCGCACAAGCCAUGGGUCCAAAAGAAGCAGUACAAGGCCGUAGCUUGAAGAGUUACGAGGAUCUCGACGCAGUUGGGGGAGCUGGAAGCGGGGAGUUGAAUUAUUGAUUUCUUGCGUUUUUUCUUUGUUUCUUUCUUCCCCGUUUUCCCGUUCAAAUUAUUUUCCCUUUUCUAAUUUUUUCGUUUGGGCUUUUUGCCAAAUUUGCCUGAAAGGAGUGUGCUAGCUAGCUCUACCUUUUUUUGGUCGCGUCUUUUAUCGCUUCUUUUAUCGCUUCUUUUCUUUUUCCCAAAUCAAAUCAGGAAGAAAUGUGUGUAUCUAUAUCUAUAAAUCUUCUAACGUCAUUUUAUUUUUCUCAUCCCUUUGCCUCUUCUCAUGAAUUAUCAUAUCAAUGUUGCCCAAAAAGGAAUGGAUGGACGGAUAGUUGUGGGUGGAUGUGGAAUCAAGCCAGCUUAUACCCAUGCUUCCCUUCCCUCAUAGAUACCUUCAGUCGACAGAGAACAUGGAGUAUAUUUAUUUAGGCACAGCCCACAGCUAUAAGAUCCUUAAAUUGAACAUUGAACAUUUCAGAGCCGUCAAUCUCGGGAAGGCUCUAACAUCCCGAGCAGAAAAAGUCGCUUUCAUCAGACUCUGAGAGCCUGAGAAAAGGCCUAAAAAUCUCUCUAUUUAUUUAUAGAAAAACCAACUUUUCCAUGCAAAAAACAUGUAGUGGCGCCUGCUCAGUUGGCUUCCUAGCAAUUACUCCAUCUAUAUGGUCUCUCAUAUCUCUCUCUAUUUAUUAUAGAAAA